ACCGUUUCAACCCACAGACGUUGCUUCAUCCGCUCCAGCACCCGUAAGACAUCAAGGCAGAAACACUUUGCUCGCCCUGCCUAUCCCCUCAAACCAUUUCGUCUUCUCCACAACAGCGACAUGAGCGCCAUAACACCACCCUCCUUCGUCGACGACGGCGGCUCAUUCACCAAACGCAUACCCCACAGCCUCGACCCCAGGCAUGUAGCGCACUGGAUUGAUGCCACCGGCUCGGAUACUUCAGGCUACACGGGCAGCUUCAUUGAUGACGGCGCGGACAUGCUUCUCCCUCACAAUGCCGCGCCGGGCUUUGGCCAGAUCGACCCGCGAUUCUACAUGCAGCGUAAGAGGAAAGAAGGCGGUAAAGAAGAGGUGUGGAACGACGACGUGCAAAAAGCAGUCAGUGGAGAUAUUCAGCGUAAUUUGGCCAAGGUGAGGGGUCUGGGGGGUCUGGAGGUGAAGAGGCAUGGGAGGGGUGCACAAGGAGGCGAGAAGAAAAACAAGGAGAAGGAGAAGGACACCGUGAAGAUAGUCAUGCCCCCAACAUGGGGAACUUUUGUGAUCAAAACGGACGACGGGAGAGUCAUCAUUGUCGAUCGCGAGGGGGAAUUCGACUCUGGACCGCAGAAAGCUACGAGUGAGCGACCAGCCAUGUGGGUCAAGGCAGCUUCUAGCAUCGAAAUGCCAUCACCGACUGCAGUGUCGAUGCCUCCGUCUCCGCCCAAACACCGUACUUCUCAUUCUUCUGAGGAGCGCAGGAAACGAACAGACAAAAGGCAUAGCCACGAACACAAGCAUCGGAAAUCGCACCACAAGCACCGCAUCUCACCACGGCUCAAGGCGCUAACACCCAUUCAAGAGUCGGAGUACGAAGAGCAGGGCCAACCUUCUGCCGAAGAGGACGCCCCAUCCCCUACCCUAUUUCUCAUGACUGGUGGCGCGAGCGGGUGGCCUUCUCGGACGGCAACGUCAGUUGCGACACCAGCUGGCUCAGCGCCUGAACGAUAUGACUCUCCGGGUUUAAAUUCGCUGGUCAAGUCUAGAUCGCAUAUACGUGUGCCACCUGGGGGAUGGUUGUCUCCGCCGGAGUCUCUAGUCAAGAGCGUCGCGGCAUCAGAGCAGUCCUGGGUCGGCAAUGGGUUUGAACAGGCGUGGGAAGGAGAUAGAUCGCCACGGUUAGAGAGGAGCGAAACGUCACAUCGAUCCCACACGAGUGAGAAGUCACAUAGAUCACACAAGUCACAGAAGUCACAGAAACAAAACUUGGACAAUGUGUCUACGAGAUCGUAUUCGACAUAUAGGGCUCCUACCGUUGAAGAUGCACCUGAUACCUCGUCGGAGGAAAAGAGGGGAUAUGCGAAGAUGACAUGGGGUGGCAGCGUCAAGAGCAACAGUGUGAAGGAUUGGGGUGGUAGCCUGAAGAGUGGGACAGCUGUAGAUGAGAAGUUUACACAUAGUCCAGCCGCGAGCCAGCUAGAUUGGGGCGGUGAUGAUGGGAGAAGUGAGACGAGCUGGGACGGGUAUGAAAGAGUCAAAACGGUCAGCGAAGCCAGCGUUGCGGGGACGGGAAGUGAACGAAGCUCUCUGGGUAGUCAUGGUAGUCGAACAAGCCACGCACACAGCGAGCGAAGAAGCCAGGCCAGUCGGCAGAGCUGGGGUAGUGAAAAGGCACGCGUCGAUGAUGACGGGUGGGGAGGAAGCCAGAAGAGGAGCGAUGGCGGCUGGGGAAGCAGCAAGCGCGGCAGCGAGAGAAGCUGGAAAGAACGCCAGGCUGUGAGUGAAGCAAAGGGGAGCAAGUAUGCGAAUGGAUACGACGAGGAUAACGAGACAUAUCUCAACGAGAACUGGGGUGGGACGCCGGUGCGUGUGGGCAAGAGGCGGAUGAGGGUUGCUGGUUGGGAGUGA